CCGCCAUCUUUUGGAAAUUAGAGAGUACCGUUUCCAAAUGAGGAAGCGCACAUAUUCCAGUUUGGUGCUGCUAUACAUGGAAAGGGCUGAGGCAGGUUUUAGCGAGAAAACAGUGGUCAACAUAGCCAGAAGGAGGAGGCGUUUCGUUUAUUCUUACGCUUCAGUCACUUCUAGAGAACUCCCCUGUCAGUCUCACUCAGAUCUGUACCCUCCUGUACAAGCAAUACUAAAAGUUGGCUCUUUAUCAUUGGAAAUUCAUAAUGCGGUUGAACAAUUUGUGUUCCGUUGCUGGUUAACAACCCAUGAUAAAAACCUCAAGGAGAUACUUGCUUCUUAUGGAAGACUACAGUUAAAUUUGACAAGGGGUUCUAGUGAAUCUAGUUCUCUGGUGGAACAACUUUUGGACGUGGUUACUCGUGAAUUGGAUCUUGGUAGUUCAUCAACUUCUGCAUCAUGGGGUGAUACAACAAAGGAUGAAAAGUUAGGGGCAUUGAACAGCUAUCAGAAUAGCUUGGUUGAGCUGGCUGCACAUGUGUUCUACCGGGCAUGUGUCAAUACAUCUAGACCAUCACUGUCAGAGAAACGAGCUCGUAGGCAACAUAUUGCGAUGCGUAUGGUGGAUGCACUAACUGAAGGAAAAUGGCUAUGACUUUGGGAGGAUGCCAGUAUGAGACGUUCUUAUGAUGGUCUACUAUGGACUUUGAGGAGUUUGCAAGGGCUCUCCUCUGGUUUGUUACUUCCAGAUACUACUAUGGACAUAUCGAAGUCAUCUGCUUCUCAAGUGAGGCCGGCCUUGUACUUCAUUGCAUGUUACUUUUCACGUAUGGGUUGCCAGGGAAACCUGCAAGAUGAUUUACAUCUUCGACGAAAUCUUCUUAGAGCAGUUUGUGCCCCUCUAAGCUGGAAGGUUCGUUUGACUCUAAAUGAGAGAAUGGUUCAGCUUCUACCAGCAGCUGCUUUUUCCCUAUGUGCUGGUUUCAAGACUUCACUUCCAUUACCUAAGGAACAUCUUCCAACACCAUCUGAAUGGGAUGUCUGUGAACAGAUAGAUGAUGUUGAUCUAGAAAGAAAUUUUGGACUCUUUGAAUGCUCUGUGGAGGCUCUAACAAGAGUUUGCUCAAAUUCUAGCAAGAUCUCUGGUUGCCAAGUUCCUGACGUGAUACAACUACCUCUGGUAUUAAGGGAUCCAUUGCUUCAUGACAUGGAUAUCUAUUUUCUUAGCAUUACUCCGGAGGUCAAGGAGAAAGGACCAUUGUCUGACAUCUUUAUGGGAUUUGCUCUGUUGUGUCAUUUUAUGCAUGGUUCUUACAUCGCAAGGAAGGGUAAAGGAAGCAGUUCGUUCUUCUUAAAGGCAUGCCAGUAUUUGUUAGAAGGCCUGGAUCAUGCUGUUGAAGCAGUUUCAAAGAGCCUCAACGAUCUUCAAAGGCUUGGUUCCCUAGGGUUUGGCUCAGAUUUUAAUGAGAAAGGUUCUGUAAUAGUUUCGUUGAGGUCCCUUACUCAAUCUCCUGUCUUCAGCAACGGAAGAGACCAAAAUCUUCUUGGCGCUAGUUAUGAUGCUGUAAUUCAUUCCUUAGAGAACCUUUUGCGGUCUUUUGCUAAAGUCUAUGGAGAAUAUACUGAGCACGCAUGGAAUACACAUUCAGACACUGUACCUUCUAAAUCGUUUGCACUUGAUUCCCCAGAAGUUGGCAGGAUUGUGGAUAUGGAUUUAGAUUUAGCUGAAGACACUAAAGAGAGGGAUAUUAUAACUGUCGGUGGAAAAGCUGUACCUGGCCUGCCCGUUUCUACGGGGAACUGGAAGUUGGGCAUGGUGCUGGAAAAUAUACUGUAUCAUCUAUGCAAGCUUUCAUGCUUGACUUCUAUGCCGAAGGUUGAUGAUUUGGUUAUUUUCUUGGAUGGCAUGCUUAGCACACCAGUAAAGAUGAAGCGUAACUGUCUCAAUAUAGUCACUGCUCUGCAUGUUUUACUUCAUACUUUAUCAUCCUCGAGGAUGGAUUCUUCUGGAGUUGGAAAAAGUUGUGGUUUGUCUCUGAAAGAAGGAGAAAGUUUUCAGGUCUUUGUCCAACUUGGCGCAGUGGUGAAUAAAGUUUCUGAAUUGACAAUGAUUGAGCGACUUUUGUUGAUGCUAAAUGACUCUGAUUAUCGAGUGAGGUUUGUCCUGGCAAGACAAAUUGGGAUUUUAUUCCAGACGUGGGAUGGCCAUGAGGCAUUAUUCCAAGAUAUUUGUUCCAGCUUUGGUAUUACAUUAGUAACCUCCUCAAAGGAGAAACUAGUUACCGCAAAGGAUGUUUUGGCUGCUGGUCCUCAGCCUCGCCAAAAAAUGGAGACUGUCAUCAUUACUCUUAUGCACCUUGCUUAUCACAGUGAGAACAUAGAGUUGCAAGCUGUUUUUAUGAUGUGCGCUGUUUCAGCUAUAGAUCCCUGUCAGAGGGAAUUAAUCAUUGCCGCACUUGACAAUCUAUCAGCACAACUCCAUUACCCAUCUAGGUUCAAGUAUCUGGAAGAACUCUUGGGCCCGAUCCUUUUUUUCUGGAUUGCAUGUGGUGUCAGUUUAGCUGGCCUUAUUGAGACAAGCCAGCUGUUCAUUCCAAACGCUGAACCGAAAUAUUUCAUCCACUUUUGUUCCCACUGGCUGCUUCCAGCUCUUCUAUUGCAUGAAGAUCAUACUAACCUUGAAUGGGUAGCUAAGAAUUCAAUAUUGUAUGUUGGUGAGAUCAGCGAGAGUGAGAGGGACAAGCUGAUUAAACAGAAUAUGGUGUCUAUUGUUAGUUUUAUUUUAUCAUGCGCUUCGUCUUCACCAGAACCUCCAGUUCCUGCUUUUUCUCGUGAUACUAUUUCACUUGCAGUUCAAACAGUUGUGGAUGGUUUUCUGGAAACCACUGAUUAUCCUAAGAAUGCGGCCAUCACUGACAGGAUAAACAUUUUUCGCCCGGAUAGAGUGUUCAUGUUCAUUACAGAAAUGCACUAUAGAAUGUCAGCUGCAUGCCAUCAUCGGCAUACGCGUCAUCAUUUGGCCGCUCUUGAAGAGCUUACAAUUCUUCUUGGUCAUAGAGCGUCAGUUCCAAGUUCCUUAAAUUACAUAUUCAAUCUUGUUGGACAAUUUAUCGGCUAUCCCUCACUACAAGACCAGUGUUGUAGUAUAGCGUCCUGUUUACUGGAUUUGUUCAAAAGCAAUCCGGCCAAAGAAAUUGUUAGUGUACUAGGUGACCAACUCCAGUUUUUGGUCUCAAAGCUGGUUACAUGCUGCAUUGAUGCUGAAGCAGAUAUCAAAAUUUCUGGUUCUAAGUCAUCGCAACUCGUUAAUUUGCUACACAAGCUAGUUGUUAGUUCAGAUUCUUCUCUUGAUGAAGAUAUCAGAGAUUUGGAACCACUCCCGGAUUUAAAAAUUUUCCAAGUCAUUCGUGAAUCACAUAUCAAGAUAUGUGAAGCAUAUUCUCCGAGGAAUCAUCUGUUGAAGUGUGCUCGAAGAUCUUGUUAUCUUCCACCAAGAUUCCUUUCCAGGAGUCUCCAAGCACUGCAUAACAAGCUCAUAGCUUCUGAAGUUUCUCAAGAAGACCCAAAUGGAGAAACUGCAGAAACAUUUUGGCAGUCUGAUGAUGAAAUUGUAAAUGCUGUUUGGACUCUUGUCCGAGUGUCUGCCUCGGAUGAAGCAGAUAGUAUGAGACUUUUGGCGUCUGAUUUCCUUUCCAGGGUUGGUAUUAGGGACCCCCACACUGUUGUUUUCCAUCUUCCUGGGAAGUUAGUCUCCAUGCCUGAUCUUCAAGUUAUUGGCCAUAAUACUGGAUCAAAAGUGCAUGGUAGGGGCGUGAACCUUGACAUUGUGGAAAAGAUCUUAUUGGAUAGCCAAAAGCAGUUCAAAGCUGAGAACUUUUCACUGGAGACGCCUGAAGUGUGGUCCACAGAUAAUAAAACCUUUGAUAGAUGGAUUUGCCAGCUUGUGUACUGUAUGAUCGCUUUAUGUGAGGAUGUCCCAAUAAGGUUAUGCCAGAACAUAGCAUUGCUGAAAGCUGAAAUAUCUGAGCUUCUAUUCCCUAGUGUUAUUGUUAGUCUUGCGGGACGAAUAGGGACGGAUAUAAAUUUACAUGACUUGAUUACGUCACAGAAUUCAAGAUCUUGUUCCACAGCUGCUAAGAUUAGAGAUGUGGAAACUGCACCAAAUGGAAUGGCAGCGUCCAAAACUACUAAUUGGGAGAAGGUUUAUUGGCUUUCCAUUGAUUAUCUUGUUGUUGCCAGAUCAGCAGUAGUUUGUGGUGCAUAUUUGACCGCCUCCAUGUAUGUGGAGUAUUGGUGUGAGGAGAAAUUUGGCAAUCUAAGCCUUGGGGAUCCUGAUUUUUCUUAUCAUGAUAAGUUACCGGAUCAUGUUGAGAUACUUGUGUCUGCAAUAACAAGAAUAAACGAGCCUGACAGCUUAUAUGGGGUUAUACAUUCAAAUAAGUUGUCUGCUCAAAUAAUCACAUUCGAGCAUGAGGGAAACUGGACUAGGGCACUCGAGUAUUACGACUUGCAAGCACGUUCACAGAAACUGGUGGUGCCUGGUAGCCUUUCUGAAAAUCUAGAGGUGGAACAAUUUCAGCCAACAACUAGUACAUGGAAUUCUGUUUUUGGUGAAGGAGAGGUCCAGAGACAACCGUUCAAAGGACUCAUUAGGUCGUUGCAGCAGACAGGCUGUAUGCAUGUCCUGGAUUUGUAUUGCCGAGGCUUAACUUCCCGAGAAGGAUGCUUUCAGUAUGAUCCAGAGUUCAUCGAAUUGCAGUAUGAGGCUGCAUGGCGUGCAGGAAAAUGGGAUUUUUCUUUACUUUAUCCGCAAACUCAUUGCCAACCUCUGCAACAUGCAAAGAACAAUAAUUAUCAUGAAAGUUUGCACUGUUGUUUGAGAGCAUUGCAAGAAGGGGAUUACGAUGGGUUUUAUGGAAAACUGAAGGAUGCUAAGAAGGAGCUUGUGUUGUCCAUUUCCCGUGCAAGCGAAGAAAGCACUGAAUUUAUAUACUCAACAGUAGUGAAACUUCAGAUUCUUCAUCAUCUUGGACUAGUUUGGGAUCUUCGCUGGACAUCUUCGCAUCAAAGUGUGCAUGGCUAUCUAGUCAAACAGAUGGCAUGCGUAGACCCCAUGACUCCAACAAUGGAUCAGUUGUCUUGGCUGAAUAAGGAUUGGAACUCUAUUAUUACGCAAACUCAGUUGCACAUGAAUUUGUUGGAGCCAUUUAUCGCGUUUAGGCGAGUUCUUCUCCAAAUCUUGGGAUGUGAGGAAUGUACCAUGCACCAUCUUUUGCAGUCUGCUUCAUUACUUCGCAAGGGAACAAGGUUUUCUCAUGCAGCUGCGUCUCUGCAUGAGUUCAAGUUUCUCUGUGCAAGAAGUGAUGGACAACAACCCGUUCCAGACUGGCUUGGAAAGCUUGAAGAGGCGAAGCUAUUACAUGCCCAAGGGCGGCAUGAAGUUUCCAUUAGUCUUGCAAACUAUAUUUUACAUAAUUAUCAAUUAAAAGAAGAGGCUUCAGAUAUAUAUCGUGUGAUUGGAAAGUGGCUAGCAGAAACCAGAUCUAGCAACUCUAGAACAAUUUUAGAGAAGUAUCUCAGGCCUGCAGUUUCGCUUGCUGAAGAACAGAGUUCCAAGAUCUGCAAAAGAUUGGUAGAUAGACAGAGCCAAGCUUGGUUUCAUCUGGCUCAUUAUGCAGAUGCUCUAUUUAAGAGUUAUGAGGAAAGACUCUACUCCAGUGAAUGGCAAGCUGCAAUGCGGCUACGAAAACACAAGACGAAAGAGUUGGAGGUGCUUAUUAAACGGUUUAAGAGUUCAAAGAAGGCGGAGCAAUCUGACUAUUCACUGAAGAUCCAAGAUCUGCAGAAGCAACUAACAAUGGAUAAAGAAGAAGCAGAAAAACUGCAGGUUGACAGGGAUAACUUUCUGAAACUUGCAUUGGAGGGGUAUAAACGUUGUCUGGAAAUUGGUGACAAGUAUGAUGUUCGAGUGGUAUUUCGGCAAGUAUCCAUGUGGUUCAAUCUUGCCUCCCAGAAAAAUGUUAUUGAUAACAUGUUGAGCACCAUUAAAGAGGUUCAGUCUUACAAAUUUGUACCCCUUGUUUAUCAAAUUGCUUCAAGGUUGGGCAGUUCCAAAGAUGAAUCAGGAUCUAACAGCUUUCAGUCUGCACUGGUUUCGCUUAUCAGAAAAAUGGCCAUUGAUCAUCCAUACCAUACAAUCUUGCAGCUUCUGGCUUUGGCAAACGGUGAUCGUAUCAAGGAUAACCAACGCAGUAGAAAUUCUUUCGUGGUUGAUAUGGAUAAAAAGCUUGCAGCAGAGCAUCUCCUGCAGGAUAUAUCACAUUAUCAUGGGCCUAUGAUUAGACAAAUGAAACAACUGGUAGAUAUCUACAUCAAGCUUGCAGAGCUUGAAACAAGGAGAGAGGAUACCAAUAGAAGGGUAGCGCUACCAAGAGAAAUUCGUAGUGUGAAACAAUUAGAACUUGUACCUGUAGUGACUGCUACAAUUCCUGUUGAUCGUAGCUGCCAAUACAAUGAAGGGUCAUUCCCGUUUUUCAGAGGUUUAUCAGAUUCUGUUACAGUGAUGAACGGUAUAAAUGCUCCAAAAGUAGUUGAAUGCUUUGGUUCUGAUGGCCAAAAAUAUAAGCAACUUGCAAAAUCUGGCAAUGAUGACCUCAGACAAGAUGCUGUUAUGGAACAAUUUUUUGGACUCGUCAAUACCUUUCUACACAAUAACCGAGACACUUGGAAGAGAAGAUUAGCGGUGCGCACAUACAAGGUUAUUCCUUUUACUCCAAGCGCUGGUGUUCUUGAGUGGGUUGAUGGCACAAUUCCACUUGGAGAUUAUCUUAUAGGAAGCUCAAGGAGUGAGGGCGCUCAUGGUCGUUAUGGCAUUGGAAACUGGAAAUAUCCCAAAUGCCGAGAACAUAUGUCGAGUGCGAAGGACAAGCGCAAUGCCUUCAUGGAUGUCUGUACAAACUUCAGGCCUGUCAUGCAUUACUUUUUCCUUGAAAAGUUCCUGCAGCCCGCUGACUGGUUUGUGAAGAGGCUUGCUUAUACACGUAGUGUUGCAGCUAGUUCAAUGGUUGGGUACAUCGUUGGUCUUGGUGAUCGUCAUGCCAUGAAUAUUUUAAUCGAUCAAGCUACAGCAGAAGUUGUCCACAUAGAUCUUGGAGUUGCUUUUGAACAAGGAUUAAUGCUCAAGACUCCUGAAAGGGUUCCGUUCAGACUGACAAGAGACAUAAUUGAUGGAAUGGGUAUCACAGGAGUGGAAGGCGUUUUCAGGAGAUGUUGCGAAGAAACCCUGUCUGUGAUGCGAACAAAUAAAGAGGCGCUGCUAACUAUUGUCGAAGUUUUUAUACAUGAUCCUCUGUACAAAUGGGCCUUGUCCCCCUUAAAGGCUUUGCAAAGACAGAAGGAAACUGAAGAUUAUGAUGGCAUGAACUUGGAAGGGUUACAAGAGGAAUUCGAGGGAAACAAGGAUGCUACACGUGCCUUGAUGCGUGUCAAGCAGAAACUUGAUGGAUACGAGGGUGGUGAGAUGAGAAGUAUUCAUGGCCAGGCGCAGCAACUAAUACAAGAUGCAAUUGACACAGAUCGUUUGUCCCAUAUGUUCCCUGGCUGGGGAGCGUGGAUGUAACCGACCUUCUAUAUGCUCCAAUUUUUUGUCUGUGAAUAGAGAAAUCUUUAUGUA